AGACAUGCUUCCUGGUUCAAGUGAGGAGAGCAUGUAUAGAAGCAUGAUGAAAUGGAGCAACACUCAUGUUCCAGAGUCUGAGGCUCUGGAGGACCGGCUGCUGAGUGUGGAGGUCUCCGAGGUGAAUGUGGACCUUCUCAUGAUGAUCAUGGACGCGGUGGCGUCCAUUGCUGCUUUUGUCAGAUUCUUGCCGCUUGCCAACAGGAUAUGCAUUGAGAUGGCCGAACCUGGUGGAUUAACACAGGUGAUGGAGAGCAAUGUCACCAAGGACUAUUUAUCUUCUUGGAGUAAAGCUGGACGUAUUGAGUCUUUGAAGAGCCUGAAACAGCGUCUGCAAGACUCUGGUGAGAACAAAGUUCACCUCAAAAUGAAAACCAAGAAGACCGCAGAAUCGACUGAUGCAGUGACCAAAGGUGACUGCCAGGCGGAGAGCCAGAGGACCGAGGCGGAAGCAGUGACCCAGCCCGAUGCUGCAGCCGCCCCUGCUGGACAGCAGCCAGAGCCCAAGUGUCCUGAUGACGAGACACAGGAGGGAGAGGAGAAGGAUGGAUGGAGCAUGGCCGACAUUAAAGUUGUGGGAAAACGCAGGAGGGAGCUUGUCGGACCUGAGGCAAAGCGAUCUCGCGCUCAGUCUCCGUGUGUUGUAGCAGAUUUCAGACUGCCUCAGUUCAACCCUAACAGCCCCAUCGGUCAGGAGUUUGUGGUCCCUAAAUCAGGAUUUUUCUGUAACAUCUGCUCUGUUUUCUGCCUGAAUGAGAAGACCGCCAAGGAACUCCACUGCUGCAGCCAGAAACACUACGACAACCUGCAGAAGUAUUAUGAGGAACGUCGACAAAGAGCUACAAAACUUUGUCUCACACGUCUCCAGGCUCCGUUUCUGACUGAUGGACCUGAUCUACUGGAGAACAAGCCAUUGUUAUUGAUCCUACUAGUUCAGAAACUAAACUAA